CCUUACCUGCAGUGCAUUUCUGCAAGAUGCUAGAUGUCCAGUUUCGUCGCUUGUGUUUGGUGGUCUUAGCGUUCGGUUUUCACCUCGGAAGGGCGGCGGAGGUCUCAGUAUGGAGCGUAAACAUCAACUCGACACAGGACGCUGUGUUUCGGAAGACGCUCUACGCCAACACCACCAUCUUCAUGAGGUUUCUGAAUGACGUGGGGUCGUGUGAAAAAUAUCUGGCCUUUAACAUCAGCUGGUACCUGCGCUCGUCCGUUUGCUACAAUGAGGUCUUCAACACGCCGGACAACAAAGCGAUGAACAUGUUCGGCAUGGACCACAUGUUGAAAGACGGCUGGAGCGGCUUCUACAGUCAGGGCUACAUGUACUUUGAGAACUGCUCCUACCUCUUCACCCCGAAGGUUUAUUUCCCAGACUUCAACCCUUAUCAGCCACUGUCCAGUCCGAAGAGUGACCCGUCAAAUCAGACCUUUACUUGGCCUGACAAACCGGAAAUCAGCGCGGUGGCCAAAGCUUGGGUGGACGGCCCCUACCUGUUCAUAGUGAAGGUGCAGCCUGCGGUCCGCGGCUUGGAGAUAGAAGACAUCUUAGCAGAGCAGCUCAACUUUGCUUUCACAAUGAGAGUGGAGAUGAAAGGACCACAUGACUACUCGUCCCCAGCAGACUGGCCUCUGAUGAUCUUCUUCAUGGUGAUGUGCAUCGUGUACGUUCUGUUCGGGGCGCUCUGGCUCUUCUGGUGCGCCUGCUACUGGAGGGAUCUGCUACGGAUCCAGUUCUGGAUCGGCGCCGUCAUCAUCCUCGGCAUGCUGGAGAAAGCCGUCUUCUACUCUGAAUACCAGAGCAUCCGUUACAAAGGAGACUACGUCCUGGGAGCCGUGAUUUUCGCCGAGCUGCUCUCUGCACUCAAAAGGUCCCUGGCUCGAAUCCUGGUUCUCAUUGUCAGUCUUGGUUACGGCAUAGUCAGACCACGGCUCGGUACCACGGUGCACCGACUGGUGGCCGUUGGACUCCUCUACCUUCUCUUCUCCUCUGUGGACGGAGUGCUCAGAGUGACAGGUGGUUUCUAUGGAACCGUCGCCCUUGUGGCUAAUCUCAGCCUCUCUCUCAUCGACUCGUGUGUCAUGUGGUGGAUUUUCAUCAGCUUGUCACAAACCACUCGCCUCCUGAAGCUCCGCAGAAAUGUGGUCAAGCUGUCUUUGUAUCAGCACUUUACCAACACGCUCAUCUUCUUCGUUGUCGUUUCCAUCAUAUUCAUCAUCUGGACCACCAAGGUGUUCAGGCUGGUGGACUGUCAGAGGGGCUGGCGGGAAUUGUGGGUAGACGAUGCGUUCUGGCGCCUCCUGUUUUCCACCAUGCUGCUGGUCAUCAUGGUGCUGCUGCGACCCUCUGUUAACAGCCAGAGGUUCUCUCAUUCCCCUCUUAUUGACGAAGAUGAUGAAGAAGAUGAAGCCAAGGAGCCGAUGAUGAACGAAGCUUUUGAAGGGAUGAAGAUGCGGGGCUCGAAACCUGACGCUAACGGCUCCCAGAAACUUCUGAAUAAAGAGGAUGAGGACCUGAAAUGGGUAGAAGAGAAUAUUCCUACCUCCGUUGCUGAUGUAGCUCUCCCUGUUAUACUGGAUGAGGAAGAGGAAAUCCUGAAAACUAAGAUGGAGCGAUCUAAAAUGGAGUAGAGGGAAAGGCAGGAAGAAAAAGAAGCAGCAGCAAUGAAUGAGAUGAUAGAAAUGUCCUCACCAAAAAGAACAUGGAAGAAAAUUUUCUUUGAUUGAUUGAUUUAUUUUUUUCUUUUUACACAAGUUGUGUUGAGCUCAGAAGUGUAAAUAGUGUGUUGGAACAAGGAGACGAUGUAUAGCGGAACAUUUCUAUUUGUUUCACCUCUGUGUCUUCACUGUCGGGUAAACUCAAGCACAUAAUUUCCACGUUAAAUACGAUUCUGAAACCUAUUCUCGUGACUUUUUUUCCCCCCCUCCAUGGGGUCUUUUGUGGGCUCUAGUGUCCCUUAUUCGAAAGUAGGCUGACAGGAAAGGGGAUGGAGUGGGGGGAAGACAUGCGGCAAACGUCGGCCGGGUCCGGGAAUCGAGCCUGCGACCGCCGCGUCGAGGACUGAGGGCCUCCAAAUGUGGGUCGCGCUAUCCCCUACGCCACCACAUCACGCCCCAUUCCCGUGACAUUUGAAUUAGCACCGUGUCUAACCAAGGCGGAUAUGACUGAUGAUAAAAUCCUCUGGGAGUAAUUCCAUCCAACGACGUCUUACUAAUGGAGUUAGGUCGACCCGAACAUGCCGAAGUAUGAAAAUGUCAUAUAGUGCUGAAAACAGGAGGGUAUUGUUGUUGAAGUCUAACACUUAAACAGAACGACGUGCUGACUCUUAUUUGAAAUCCUUUUCAGAAUGUGUUUCAUAAUCGAUCACAUGAUAACACUGGGGACAAUAUCAGAUUGGUAUAUCAAAGAAAAUGGUGCGUAACUAAAAAUAGACAAAGUAGGGUUUUCUUUUAUUUUCUUUGUACGUGGAAAAAUAUGGCAUGUGGUUGUUUUCAAGCCCACUGAGUCAGUGCUGUGUGACUAAAGCUGUAGGUCUUUUCUGCUGCGUCUCUUACAGGUAAAUAACAAAACUUCCACUCCGUCAGGUGGGAUGGACAGCCUAAACGUUCAAGUCUUCUACAGAUUUUCAUUUGAAGUUGGGUCUCGACUUUGACUGAGCCAUUCCAAGACAUGCAUUGAUUUAAACCUGUGGUGGUAAAUGUAAACUACAGGUGGGCCACAAAAUCCAUUAACUUAAAAAUUAUUUCCUUUGCUGUUGUUGUUUCUAGUUUUACUUGCUCAACAAUCCAAAACAUGAAAAGGGGCUUCAAACUAUUGCAUUAUUAAAAGAAAAACUAACAUUUUCCACAUUUCUGGGGUCAUCAGUUGCUUUUACCGCUCUUGACUUGUAGUGAGGGGCUGGAGAAAAUCGUUAUCAAGGGCAGCAAAUGGCCCCCGGCCCACACAUUGGACACCCCUGAUUUAAAAACAUUUUGCAAAGAGGUCAAAAGUUCAGUUUUGGCCUCCUCUGACCAGAUCAGCUCGUUCCACGUGUUUCCUCUCUUCCAUGCACAGACUCACGACAAACUGCAAGCAGAAGCUCUAAUGACUUCCUUUCAACGCUGGCUUUCUUCUUGCCUUAAAGGUCACGUUUGCGGAGUUCGUGACUAAUCGUCAACCUGCCGACACAUUCUGUCUGCCGUGCCCUUCGUCGUCAUCGUUCUCAUUUUGACCAGGGAUUAAAAUGUAUGUGUUUUAAUGCCUGGAGGGAUUAAGGGAUUAAAAAAUGUAUGUGUUUUAAUCCCUGAGGCCUUCACAGAACAACUGGAAUUAUAUUGAGAUUAAUUACAUUUACUGCACAGGUGAUUUCGGAUGACGGUCGGAUUUUAUUUAGGGAUGUACGAGUAAAGGGGGCUGACUACAAAUGCAUGCCAUACUUUCGGAAAUGUAUCAUCUGUUAUCUAUGUUGGAGGGGCACAGACACUUUUUCCAGGCAGUGUAUUUAAACAGUGUGCAUUUUCUCAGAUUAUUUUUAUCCAGAUUAGCUCAAGAAGCUGCAAUUUAUUUUUGAUUUUUUUUUUUUUACACAUUUCCUUUAUUACUCACAUGUGUAAAUUUAUGUAUGGAUAUAUUUUAUGGAAGACCAAAUUCUGUUGCUAUUGACAUUAAACAAGUGUUGCGUUCAAUAUGGCAGCCAGUAAAUCUCGCCCCUCAUAUUGAUGUGGUGUGGGCCUACGCUUAUGACACACAUGAUUUACAGCAUGUAUGUUAGAGGCUAAUUUCACAAAUUGGAUAAAUGCUUAAUUUAGCACCUCACUCUAAUUCAGGCAUUAAUUAAAAAAAAUAAAUAAAUCAGAAAAUGAGUGAAUAGUUAGUUACUGUUAGAAUCGUUUAAGGCUUUACCUGUCACACUGCAAAUAUAGUUUCAUCUCUUCCUCAAUUUAUGAAAAUAUGUGUAGAUAUUCUGGAAUCCUUGCGUUCUGGUUUUAUAAAGAUUUAAGUCUUGUUAAGAAUAUUU